GGGUGACUCCGUCCUCCCGCGCCCAGAGUCGAGUGGGUCCGAAGUCGGAUGUAUUUCCUUUGUGUCGGGAUGCUCCUGAUCUCAGCGUGCAGCGCCGUCGUGGUGUGUCGCGUUCUCGUUCGCAGGGUUCCCACUCGCAGGGUGUCGCGGUUCGCGUCGGAGGGGGCGUGCGAAUGCUUUCCGCGGUGCGGCCACAUCCCGAACGGAGGCGUUCGAUGCGUGUCGGGGGGAAGAGGGACGGUGGUGCGAGUCCGGGCCCGCGAGGCCACGCUCGGGUUUCGGUCCGACGGGGUCGUCCUCGUGAGAAACACGGUGGCGUGGAUCCGGGGGCGGCCGCCGUCGUCCGAUGCGAACCUCACCGAUCGAUUGAAGGUCGGAGAAGAGGUGUACUUCGAUGGCGUCCUGCCGGCCCGGAACGGGGGGACGUGGGUGGCGUUUCGUAUGUGGACCGGGACGGAGACCCGGCCACCGUGCGACGGGAAUCUGGACUACGCGCGGACCGUGGAGACGUGGAGGCGGGCGAGACCCGGACAGGAACCGCGCUUUCGCCUCGUCAACAUCGAGGGGAAGUUUCUGGCGAACCUCAAGAAGGACAUCGCGUUGCUCGCCUUCUCUCCUGGGGAAUCCCAGGCGGAGCCGGAGAAAGUGCUGGCCGUUCGAGGCGCGACCGCCACUCACGGGGUGGGAAAUCGGAAGAAGCCCUUCCGUUUCGACGCCGUACCUCUCUCGCUCGUCACACAGGAGAGGGUUCUCUCUCUCUUUGACGUCGGAUGCAGAUGGUUUGCGACGUUGGUGUGGGAGGGGCCCCGCCCGUCAUCGCACGGAGUGGGAACGGGACCCAGCGAGGAACCGGACUUGAAUGAACUCAUAGAACCGGGGCUGGAUUCCCAGACGCCCUCAGAGGUGGAGGAAUCCAGCUCAUCUGAGGAAUUUCAGCUUUGCCCUUCGCCACCCCUACCCCUUCCGGUCCCGACGUGGAAGAAGCAGGAAGAAACGCAUCCCUCAUCAGAUGGCAUUCCUGCAGUUAUAAUUCAGGAACUGAUCAGGAAUAUGAAAGAGCGUGCCAUUUCAAGAUGCAAGUUUUCGGGGGGCACUUUGGUACAAAGAGAAGAAGAGUUUGCCCUUAUACUCUUCCAGUUGACCAGGAAUUCUGAGGGGAUCGCCCUUCUCACACAAAAAUAUACUCAGGGCUUCAGUUGUCUAACCAGCCUCCAAAUAGGUGAUCCAGUUUGGUUUGCUGCAUUGCCUUCACCCAACAAGCACCCAGCUACCUCACUAAAAUGGUUGGGCAUAAAUGUUCUAAGAGUGCCAAAGGCAGCUGGUCCAUGACAACCCCAACCCAAGAUUAUACCUACCUGACUUCUGAUUGCAAAUAAAAUUUCACUUUCACUUGCAUGUUACCACAAUUAUGU